AUGUAUAGAUAGUCCUGGUGAACCAACUUCCCUUAUUUUCCAUUGUCGGGCGCAAACCAAAAUGUGGAGCAAGUUGGAGCUUUUAUUUUAUCUGACAGAUGGCACCAGCGUAGACUGGGACUGUCACAAUGUUUACAAGAAAAAAGAUACACGCAUCACGUUGUUAAAAAUACGACAUUUAUGAAGAACAAUUAAUACCUGAAGGAUGCCCGCACCGAAUGGUAGUGGAGUUUUUUUUCUGGAAAGCAUUUAUUCUGACUUCAAUGUUUCGAUGUCUUUCGCGGCCGAAAAUGCAUCGAACCGAAGUUUAGAACUAUUCAGAAAAUAUUAUUAUUUCAGCGCGAAAAAAGCAGAAGUUGUUACAAGAUGACUAACUUGGGUGCUGAGAUAACAUUUUUUAAUUUCGCAUCAUUUUUUUAUAAAAAACAAAGAAAAUUUGUGAAAUUGUGACAGUCCCAGUCUACCGUGCUGCCAUCUAUCAACUUGCUCCAGCGUUAGAAUCAAUUAUAAUAGCGAGUUGGUUUACCUGUCUGUCUCUAUAUCGUGGACCAACUUUUCGAAAGUCAAACCAAAAGUCAAAAUUAUGUUGUCCUCGUAAAUCGUCCAUUAUGUGCCCCUUCGCGAUCACCUUUUUCAAAACUCGUCAUUUCCAGAGCGCUUUGUCCUGGGACUAGUCCUGCGCAUGACCGGAAACAGCUGUUUAGCUGUCAAAUGUUCGUGCACAUCGUGUGGUUUGUUAAUGGGCAUCAAAACAAAGGUGUAUGUAAAUAAUCAGUGUUGUAACGAGCACGAUGCCCUGGUACAAAAAUAUAAUACCGGAAUCUGUUCAAAAAAAGUGUUACGUCUAUCUCAUCCAGAGGUACUUGGGGCAAUACUUCGAAGAAAAGCUCGACCCCAGUCAGCUUAGUGUGGAUUUGUACAAUGGCACUUGUGUCUUGAAAGACAUCCGUCUGGACGUGGAGGCCCUGAACGAGUUAUCCGAGAAACAGAACUGGCCGCUGGAAUUCGUCGACGGUUCCAUUGAAAAACUCUUCAUAUCAGUACCAUGGAGUUCGCUUUUAAAAGAAUCCAGUACCAUCGAAGUCACUUCCUUAAGGAUCACGAUGCAACCAAAACAACGAAACGAAUCCGAAAUUAUUACAGCAACUUCAAUGUUCGAAUCGAUGUGGACGUCGAUGACCAGUUCGCUGCAUUUAGCCGAAGAGUGCGCCAAACAGGGGUUUGCAAGUUCACCGAACAGUGCACAAACGUACGAGGGGCUAGAGGUUUUCGCCCAAACGAUUGAUUCAAUUUUGAGUAGGAUUAAAGUCACUUUCAUUAACUCAGUUUUUCAACUCGAGCAUCUCCCUAAAGGUAGUCCGAUGGGUGUAGGAGUUGUGAUCAAUGUAGAUUUAAUUAUGUACGCGGACGAAUCGUCUAAUGAUCCUCCCAAGGAGGAGGCCACAGAUCUUACAAAACAAGACGAUAAAAAAGCAUACCUUGAACAGUCAUACACUGCUCGAUUAACCCGAUUGGAGGGUAUUUCAAUAUCGACGGUAGAAUUCUCAAGUAAUGCUCGAACAGUCUCGCAAAGCGUUAUAUCAGAGUCAAAUUAUUCCGAUAAGGACGAUUCUUUUGCCACUAUCCUCGAGGGUGACGGUGAAAAAGGCCCCCAAUCAGGUAACCAAGAUCAAUACAGCUCGAGUGACGAACGCAACGUGAUCAUGUUCGGCAAAUUCGGUGGUAAAGUCGAGGUCGUAGUGCGUCUGAAACGAACCGAAGAUUUAGAAGGACCGAAGGUCUCAAUCGAAAUGGAUACGGGUCCCUUACUCCUUUUUCUCUCCCCACGACAAUUACACCUACUUAUAGAACUAGUUAAAGGGUUGUUAAGCCCGGAUUUGGAGGACCACAGUAAUGUACUUACGACAAAAUUUGUCGGUAAACCAAUGUCUAGCGCUGAUUACGAACGGAUUGAGAAAGACCUCCAGCAACAGUUGACCAAUCCGGGCCCGAGUUUCCCGAUCCAUGGGGUUCCGGGCGGCCACGGAUGGGCAACCGGAGCUUUGGACGGAAGCGACAUCGAUGAAAAUUUUAUGCCUGUAGGGAAAUGUUCCGGGGGGUUGUAUGAGAGUGCUAUGUCCGGGGCGAGUAUGGAAUCGAGCAUGAGCUCGAGUAUGAUAAGUUCGUACACUGAUAUCACGAAUCGGGCAAGGAGAAAAUUGAAUAAAAUUGAUACAGACCCGACGGCGGAAAUCUCCCGCUUUGAGAUCCACGUGGCUUCGUUGGCCGUUCUUUUGUUACACGAGGACUUACUGACUGAAUCUUUGGGUGCAAAAUGUUGUUUGGUGGCUUCUAGCGUAAAGCAAAUGCAAGCCACUGUUGCUAAAUUUUUCACGAAUUCGUUACUAGUGUUUUCGGCUAAGGAUUUUAAGAGUUUGAAUGUGGCUCUAGACCAGGCGUGUCAGCUGAAUCAUUUGAGGUUGUUAGCCUCACCGUUGCACCUCGAAGGCGACGAGAAAACAACAAGUUCUGCUUUUUCGGUCACUGGUUACCUCGAAGCUACCAAUUUAGAACUAAGUGAAUGUCUUUAUCAAUCAAAUAAUGAUAACGUAGAGCAUGUACCUUUGAUUACGUUUAGCGAAGUUAAACCGAAUCAGUUCGAGAGUCCUGUCACUGCCAAACCUAGCCUUAAGUUGAUGUUCAAAUAUUUAGUGAAGACGACGAAGAAUAGCGCGAAAGCAGGACCUAAGACUGAUUUUUCAUUUGUCUUAAAUAAGUGUGUCUUGGAGUUAGACGUGACUCUAAUCGACCGAAUUUCGGCACUUUUGAACCCUCAACCCAUUUGUGUCGUAGCUAAACCCACAAACCCAUGGGCAAAUAAUGUGACUACUCAUUUGAUCAACGAUAGUAACGACUCCAAGUUCGACAUUAGGGUGACUUCACCUGCGAUGACUGUCAAGCUUAGGUUUCCCAUACCAGAUUUUCGACCACCACACGACAUGAAUAAAACUCCCUGGUGGAAGAGACACGUCAGGCCUGAUUUCUUGUCGCUGGUUCUGGCAGGAGCCACAUUUCAGACUAGCUUUCAAAUUAAUCAGACUGUGCAGGAUUAUACUUUGGAGUGCAGGAGUUUGAACAUUUUAUAUCAGGAGGACGCCAAUGGCGAUGUGAUUCCCAUAGCGAAGGCAGGGUACGAAGAUAAGCCGAUGUCGUCUUUGCAGGAUGUCCUGACUGAAUGCAAGUUGAACAUAAAAAUCUUUCCUGCCAAACGCCUCAGUCUGGAAGAGCCGUCCCAGCCGACCCAAGAACCCAUCUCCACUUCCAUCGUUGGUCUGUUGGAAAAUCGCAAACCCAACGGUCCUUUCAGCGCCAAAAGAGUGAUCCACGAAAGUGACACUCCACACCACAAGUACCAAUCAGAUGAUUCUAAAGAAUUGCUAGUCCCAGGUGACAAAUCCGAAAUAAAUGAGUUUAUUAAAACCACAACUUUAUCGGCAAGAGUUCGCAUUGACGUUUCUCUGCCGAUUGUUUCAAUGCAGUUGAUCUCGAAACGUUUAUACGAAACCAUCUACAAUCGAAUCAACAAUGAUUUGUUACUGUGGGAGCCCAGCGCUCCUAAACCUAAACCUACCAGGCCCGCGUAUGACAAUAUCAACUACGGACCGUUCGGAAAUAUCGAAAUGGAGGGACAGGAGGUGUUUACGCUUUGCAAAAGUGGGAUCCAAUACGAUUCAGAAAGUGAAAGUGAUGACGAAAACGAAGAAGACACAAACAUUUUUUACUCAACCUAUGGCUCAAAAAUGAAAAUUUCUCAAAAACAAAUCGUCAGCGAAUCAAAAGAGGAGAGUUAUUUAACUAUGAAUUUACAAAUCGGUCGUGGCUUACUCUGUAUGUGCACACCGGUGCGUGACGCUACCAGUAAUCACGUGAUACCCAACCAACAAGGCGAAUUUUUGAUAAACAUAGAGGACGCAACGAUUUUCCUAGUUAACGGUUAUAUGGGUGACUCAAAUCUAGGUUUCACUUGUUUAGAAUUGCACAAUGCUCAACUUUACCACUGUGAUAUGAUUUCGACGCCGAGUCACAGCCCACCAUUGAAGGACAUUGGGGCAACUCCUGGUAAACAUCUUUACCCCACAAUUUACAGCUCAGAACCCGGAAUGUUGGCCAAUAGCAAAGACAGAGGAGGUACUCGCGAGAUGGUCACACUUUGUGUCAAAAUCCAAGCUAGUCACGAAACGCACCACGUCAAGAAUGUAUCGAUCGCUGCUGGGUUUAAUAAAGUUACUCUGAGGCAUAGAAUGUGCAAUGAACCCAAUAGUUGGGUGUCACAAUUAACAGAUUUUUUUAACGUUACCGAUUAUCCCAUUCCGGGAUACCACGCUAAGGAGAUUUUAACCGAGCUGUUUCUUCAUUUCUGGGAUUCCGCAAUUGACUAUCGCCCCAAAUACUUGCCCCUAAGAUCGGCGAUAACGUUAGGAAAUUUCAGUAUUUCGUCGCACUUGAGUGCAGAAGUUAAUACCUCAACCUUGAGGUUUAUAGCGGAGGAAUGCGGGUUGUUUUUGAGUCAGAAAGGGGUGAAGAAAACUGUUUUACCCUACACUGGGCCGGUGGACCUCAAGAGGGAUUAUGUCAAUGUUAUCGACUUGGGUUUGUUUGAAAUCAGUCUGAAGACAUCAGAUAAGAAAAAUUUCGAUACGCCACACUUUGAUCUGCGGGCCUCUAAUAAUAUUAUCCACAUCCGUACCUGCGCCGACAGUGCACGCGCUUUGACACAACUUAUCAAAUAUCUAGCGAAUUAUGGCGAUUUGGUACCACCUGAAGAUAGUACUUCGAGUGGAAGUGCUUUUUCAAGCCCUCGCCAUUUACCGGAGCAAGAGUUAGUCUCGGUUGAACCGCAAGAAAUCGCAAACUUGUCCGAAAGUCAGCACCAACAAAUUCAUGAUCUCAUACAAGACGCUUUGGAAGACGUCGACCAAAACACAAAUCAAGCCAAAUCAGAUUUGUAUACUUACAACGGUACAAAAAUGUUCUAUUUCCCUGACGAGAAAAAUCCAGACUCGGGAAAACCCCUACCUCAAGUAACGACCGAAUUGGGGCAAGUGCCCUUUCAACCGAACAUUAUCGAGUCUGAUGACGAGUUCUGUUUUAUUGAUGAAGAGCCGGGUUAUAAUAUUUUCCCGAAAAAUGGCGUACCGGAGAUAAAAUGGCUGACGGACGAUCCGGUCCGCAUCGUAGAUAAUCACUUCGCAGUUCCGAGCGAAAAGUGUGACCCGCUGAAAACACCAAAGAAUUUUCCAACUCCGACUCGAAAAUACACUUUGUGUGAAAUGAGCAUCGUUUGGUACAUGUAUGGUGGCAAUGACUUUGGUCCGCUUGACAAAGAGAAGAAGAAAACUGUCAACUUUUCCGAUAUGAAGAUCAAAGACAGUGUCAGUUUUUCAGCCUUGCAGAAAGAUAAAGUCGUGAUUGAGAGUGAGAAGAUUAGGAAAAAGUCGUGGUUGACUAAGGGGGGCCCUAACCGGGAUCAUAACGUCUUAAUGGAGCUACAACUGAAUAAAAUCAGAUUUCAACACGAGGUGUAUCCAGACUCGUCGUCCAAAGCGUCAAGACAGGUGUUGAUAGUUGCAGAAAUUGAAAUGAGAGACAGGCUCAAGAGUAGUCAACUGAAUAAAUUUUUGUACCAGUACAUAAGUCAGGUCCGGCCGAAACAAUCGAAUGCCAAUAUGCUUGUAAUUAAAACGCUCCACAUACGUCCCGAUCCGCAACUGCGUAGCCAGGAGUGUUGUCUCAAAGUGUCAAUUUUGCCGCUUCGUUUUAAUAUCGAUCAGGACGCUUUGCAAUUUCUCAUUUCAUUUUUCUGUGAGUUGGGUAGUGACAUGAAAGACGACGAUUUGCAAGUCAACUCAAAACAUAAUACUCCGGUACAUCAGCCGCCUGUAAUGACUGUAGGUGAAGACAGUGAGGAGAAGUUGAAAGAAGAAGCGAAGAAAAUCGUUGAUGAGAAUCUUCUGAUUUUAUUAGAGGAGAAUAAAAAUGAAGAAAAGCCGACGGAAGAGUCUCAACUAUCGACAAGUAGCGGGUCCGAGGAUAGUCCUGUCUAUUUUAGGAAAGUAAUUUUUUCACCAGAUGUGCCUAUAAGACUAGAUUAUCACGGCAAGCACUUCGAUUUGAGAACCCACGGUCCGCUCCAAGGACUCUUGAUGGGUUUGGCUCAACUAAAUUGUUCCGAACUUAGGUUAAAGAGGAUUUCGCACAGGCACGGCUUGCUAGGGUUUGAAAAGUUGAUGAUGUUCCUGAUUAAGGAGUGGGUCAAUGAUAUUAAAAAGAAUCAAAUUCCUAGUCUUUUAGUGGGCGUGGGGCCGAUGUACUCGUUUGUGCAGCUAUUUCAGGGAAUCAGAGAUUUGUUUUGCUUGCCGUUCGAGCAAUACAAGAAAGAUGGUCGCUUCUUCAGAGGCCUUCAUCGCGGUGCUAAUAGUUUUACGACUUCGACGGCAAUAGCAGCUUUAGAGCUCACAACGCGGCUUAUUCAACUGAUUCAAAUUACGGCUGAAACUGCCUUUGAUAUGUUGACCCCAGGGCCGAGCGUAAAAAUUAAUCCAAAGACAAAAGUGCGCCGUAAACGAUACAGCCAACCCAAGGACAUCAGAGAAGGGGUGACCAAUGCGUACAAGCUAGUUAAAGAAGGAAUUGAGGAAACUGCCGAUAAUAUACUACAAGUGGCUUCACACGAACAUGAACAAAAAGGUUACAGUGGUGCUGUCGGGGGUGUUAUACGCCAAAUACCCCCAACUAUAAUUAAACCAAUUAUCAUAGCUUCUGAAGCUACCAACAAUGUGCUGGGUGGUAUGCGCUGCCAGUUGGUACCAGACGCAAGAAAGGAAGCCAAUGAAAAAUGGCGUAACGAAGAUACCUACGAUUCAUACGAGUGAUAACAAAAGACUGUUGUUUGUGAUUUUAAAUUAACAAUAUAGAUAAUUUCGUUUAAGGUUGAAUUGAGUUGUUGUGAAUUGAGUUGUUGUUUUUACGUAGUCUUGUUAUUAAUCAAAUAUUCAGUGUCCAUAUUACGCCAUUUUGGAUGAGUUUACCUGAGCUGAUACUGAAUGAUAAAAACGGGACAAUAUAUUUUCGUAAGUUGAGCAAAAUUGCGCUGUUCGUUCUCACGUGAUAUUCUAAUAAUCUGUACAACCACAACAAAUGAUUUCGUUUGUACCGAUUAUUUAUUUGUAUGUUGUGUGUGUUUGGAUGCAGAAAUGGACCGCGAAUUACCAUUUUGUGAUAGGAUUAUUGUAAUUAAACAAUUUUUCAUGUAUGCAAUAUGAAUAAAUUUUUAUACUUCGCAAAA